AUGGAGAAGAAAGGAAAUCGCAAUGCACCAGUCCUAAAAGGCUCUGCGACUGAUUCCAAAAAAGAUGGUGUCAGUAGUAAACCGUGGCCUCGCGGCAGCAGACGCCGCGAGUCCCCGAGCGGCAGCCUUUCAGCCAAGCCGGAGGCGUCCCGGAAGCCGCCGCCGCAGCGCCCCAAGACGUUCGACAAGCGGCUGGGGUCAAGGGGCGCGGGCGCCGUUUCUCGAAACGAGACGGCCUGGUUAGAACCGCAGCAAUGCGAAUACGGUUCGAUUUUCGCGGCGGGCAGCAAAAAGCGCAGCCUUAAUCACCUGUUGAACUUUUCGUACGGCCCCAAAGGCGGGGACUGUUACAAAUCCGAGCAGAGGACCGGCGGCGGGAAGCGGAUGCUGGCUACUAAGAAACACAAGUACAACAAGGAGCAUUUUUUGCAAGCCAAUUGUCAGUUUGUUGUGAACAACGGUGGCGACUACAAGCAAUAUCUUAACGAUCCCGAUGCCUUAGUUCAUUGGGAUUUAAUAGAACAAGUUAACGUUCAAGUGUCCGAUUAUCCUUGUUGUCCGAUAUGCCUUUAUCCACCCGUGGCAGCUAAAAUGACCCGAUGCGGUCAUAUUUACUGUUGGUCCUGCAUUUUGCAUUACUUAUCGCUGUCGGACAAGCCAUCGAGGAAGUGUCCGAUCUGCUUCGAUAACAUUGAAAAACAAGAUCUAAAGAGUGUAAUUGCGAUUUCCCACAUGACAUUUAACACCGCCGAGACGGUGACUUUUAAGUUGAUGAAGCGUCCCAGAAACUGCCUAACAGCUUAUCCAGCCGAUGCAGAUAUUAGAGCUGACACUGCGAUAUUCAACAUGUCUGAUCGGGAAGCUAAAAAUGUCUUCUCCAAACUGUUAUUAGCCGAUAAAGGGGACAUAUUGUCUAUCAUCGAAAGAGAACAUAAUGAAUUAACAACUCAAUUAGAUGGUGAUGAAUCACCUGAACGUUGCUUCAUCGAACAAGCCAUGGUUCUUCUGGAAGAAAGAAAGAAUACAACUUUAUCCAAUUUGGAUGAUGUGAAACUCAAUGACAAUUCGGUACAACUACCUAUUGUUCAGGAAUUUGAAGAGUUGUGCAUAAAGGACUCUGAGAUAAGCGAAAAAGAUGAGACCUCAUCAGGCUGUCAAAUUCCAAAGUUGCACUACUUCUAUCAAGCUUCAGAUGGCCAGCAUAUUUAUCUCCACUCGAUCAACGCUAGAAUGUUGGAGCAUACGUACGGAUCGUUGGAAUUCGGCCCCAAAACUUUGUCGGGGAAAAUUUUGGAGAAGGAAGGCGGCUCAAUGACCGAGGAGCUCAGAAAGAAGUUGCGAUAUCUGCAGCAUUUACCGGUUACUUGUCAAUUCGAGAUAGCCGAGAUCCAAUUGAAAUCGCCUGAUGUCAACAAGGAAACCAUCGAGUAUUUUCAAGAGCAACUGGAAAUUCGAAAAAAGCGGCGUCAAAAGAGGUCCAAAGAGGAGAAGCGUCGCGAGAAACGUAUCGAGGUAGAAGAAAGUCGCAAAAUGGGGAAAUAUGUUUAUCCAAAUCUGCAUUUGGAAUCCAAUGACCAGUUUCCGGAGUUUGGUUACGAACCUAGGUUGCGAACAGAAUCUGAAAGCACAGUACCCAGCGAACUCAGUGGUUCCCCCGAUAUUCCAUCUAGCGUCUCGGGGCCCUCUUUUGCGAAAAUGUUGGCCAGCGAGAAGAAAUCGCCGGCGUGUUGGCCUUCGUUGAAAUCUGCAGCCUCUCCAUCUGAACCGAUUAGAAUGAUAAAUGCCACCGGUUCCAACAUGAGGUUGAGCGUCGGCGCUCGAGCACCGAGUGACAGCGAGCCUGAACCCGACGACUACGAAUCCGUACCAUCUUUUAAUACAAGUUUUGGCGACGCCAUCGCGCAGGCGCUUCUACAAGCAACGAAAAAAGGCGAUGAAUCUGUUCCGAUUUCUAGAAAGAAGAAGAGAGCGAAUAAAAAAAUACUGUUUGCAACAAACAUGGCUUGUUCAGAAAAAUGAAUUAA